CCAGAGAAUCCAGCGCUUUUGCUUGAUUCCGAGGACUGCCUAGACGAGGUGCCACGUCUCUCUGCAGAAGAGGUGCUCGCUUGGCGUCGUGCCUGCAAUCUACCCACCUGGCGUCAAGAGCAAAGUUUUCGAUGGUUCACCUUCCGUCUUCGUCGUCUAGGGAGCGCUCUUGUUUCUCUCACUGUCCUGGACUGUCAGCGGCCAGACCGAGUUUUCGCGCGCGUUGGUGCUCUCUCUACAUGGCCUAUACUGCGGGAAGGGCCACAGUAACACAAAUCAGACACAAGCGGGGAGGAUGAUUUUGUUCGCUUCCGCCGACUCUUUUUCGCUGCCCGACACUGCCCUUCUGCACGCUCGAGCAUGCCCCGAGACCUCCUAAUGGCGGUAAUCAGUAACAAAUAUGAAGAAGUGCCGUCGUCGGCGAGUCAAGACGAGGAGGACCCUCUUGUUGCAGAGGCGAAAGCUUGCUUAGCUCUGAAGGAACAUAUCUUUGAUGCUGUACAACCUGGUGAGGUAGAAACUCUUAGACCGAGCGGCUUCUCAGCACUGGAGUUCUUUUCCGCAAACAAACCCAGGACGUGUGCUUGGUUGGAAGCCCCACUCCAUCUCUUUGUUCUUAGAAAGAUCGCGGUACCGCCAGACCAGGUCGACUCCAAUCCACCCUUUGUACCGAAAGCAGCGUUUACUCCAGAUGUGAAUACACCGAAACCACUCUAUCCUGUUAGCCCUACAGUGCAUCCUCUAGACGUGGACGAUGUGGUUUUGCGGCGUUUAGCUGCCGCUGGUUUCUGCUCCUCUUCUUUGGCUUUUCUCGCCGGUACUGGGGGCUGGCGUGGGUUCGCUGGCCUCCUCUCCGCCCCUGCCGUUUGCGGACUCCCCAACGACAUUGGAGGUGGUGGCCACCAAGAUUCUGGUCCAACACAACCGUUAGUAUCCUCGGAUCAAUGCCUCCUGUGUCGCCUCUAUGCGCACUUUCAAAGAGUUUACAAAGGUCUCGUCCUGAAUGCUAGUCACUAUGAGGAAGCGGAUCAUCGUGUCAAAUCCUCCUCUACUUGCAUGAAAAUACCGCCCGGGGAUAUUAAGUGGGCUCCUGGUUCAGCUGUUUCCGUUCUUGGUUGGACAGGUGCGCCUGCUGGCCUGGCUCCACGGAAAAUUAAAACUCUUUCGAUUCAGGAGUCGAUUAAUCUAAUGAAUCGCGUUCGCCAAGAUUACCUGGCGUCGUGGAGAAAAUUCAACUUGCCUGCUCUUCCGAAGUUGCCACCACAACCUGCUUUAUCUCUAAAAUAUAGGGAAACGGAGCUCCUGGACGAAGAUGACGAUGCGGAGACCCUCAGUGCUGACGAAUCUGAUUGUGAAACUGUCAUUGACGGAUGA